GAGGAGGCGCCCAGUCGGGCCCGCCCCCGCGGCGCCGUGAGGCCGCUUUCGGCGAGGGUGGGCAUGCGCCCGCGCACUAUCGGCUGAGCCUUGGCGGCGCGUCGGCGGAGGGGCUGGCGAGGGCGCAGGCGCUCGCGCACGAUCGGCUGAGCCUCGGCGGCGCGUUGGCGGAAGGUGGCCACUAGGGCUUCUCUUCCCUCCUCCUCCUCCUCCUCCUCCUCCUCCUCCUCCUCCUCCUCCUCCUCCUCCUCCUCAUCGUCAUCCUCCUGAUCACCAUCUGCCUUCAUAUGCUCUGUCGGUCCCUGUGGAUCGACGUGGCCGCAAUACCGUUGUGGAAGGAGUUUUGAAACAUUCUUCUGUGCCCGUGGCCCUUGCCAGCAGCACGCACUCCUUGCCCUUUUUUAGGCGCUCCAGCCCCGCCCCGCGUAGUCCCCUCGCGUGGACACUCUUGUGGACACCGUCACCGUCAACCCGCAGUCGUACUCGUCGUCGGUCUUGGUCACUUCUCAGCUGCCGCCAUCACGUGGAAAGAAGCGCACAAGACGUUCAAGUUCGCUCGCCGGCACCUGGACGUCUGAUUGUAUAGAUGGACUUUUUGCUGCGGCCCACGCUCAUGUUGUAUGUGCCACGAGUUUCCCGAGCAGUGCAGUCCAGCGCUUCUGAAGUCCAGCGCUCUCAAGAGCGUAGACCUGGUGGCAGUAGAGGGUGAGGAGGCAUCGGGGGAGCAGGGAGAUGGGCGGGCCGUGCAGCGGGACGCCGACGACAUCAAAAGCGCUCGAAUUGCAGCGCGUGCCGGAGGCGAGCCCGCACGCUUGGGCCGAGUUUUUGUCGCAUCCUGUUAGCACGGCUGCGCUAGGAUAGAUUAUAUGAACGCAAUCUGGCACACUUGGGAAGAACUCCUGGGCAGCACCCUUGCGAGCACCGCAGGCGUCGUGAAGUGUGCGCGCGACGCCACGUUCGAACAGCCCCGCGUCCUGCUCAAUUUCCUCCUCGCUCCUCGUAAGAUCGGUCAUCUGCCUCUUGCCUUUACGGGCUCGGUGUCUCCGAACCUCAGGAUCCGAAAGAAGCGGUGCCCUGGCGCAGCUUGGGACACAGAAAGGAGACUAACCUUCUGCAGGUCCGUGGUAACCUGGAGCUGCCUCUCUUUUCAACUUGAGUUUGAAGCUUGGCUUCCCACGCGCCGCUACCGAAUGGUAGGCGGCGGGGGACUCACCCUGCACCUCCUGCGGCGGAGGAAGAGGAGGACCUAUUGAUGAACACGCAUCGU